UUCUGUGUCUCUUCCUGCAGAAGAAUGGCACAGAUACGGAAGCUUGGCUGUGAUGGGAUGAGGACCAACUCUCGGCCAGAGCUCAAAGUUCCCCAAGUGUCAGCCAGACAAGAAAUCCUCACCAGCCUAGUGUCUGCCCUGGACUCUGUGUGCUCUGCCAUGUCUAAACUCAAUGCUGAGGUGGCCUGUGUCACUGUGCAUGAAGACAGCGUGAUCGCCGUGGGAACAGAGAAGGGAAGAAUCUUCCUAAACUCCAGAAAGGAAGUACAGACAGACUUUCACAAAUUCUGCAAAGUGUCCUGUCUGCAAGCAUUGACCGCCAUGAACUCUCACGCCAAAGUUCCUGAUGUGGACUGCAGCAGGACUGGCAAAGACUGCGGGCAGCAGGGCAGACAGAGAGCCAUAACAGACACUCAUUCCAACAUCUUCGUCCUGAGGAAGAUGGUGGAGGAGGUGUUCAGCGUGCUUUAUAGUGAGGCUGUUGGGAAGAGCAGCCUGGUCCCUGUGCCUUAUGACUGGAUUCUCAAGGAUCCCAGCUCAGUGGUUGUCUACGGCCUGCCUGAUGGUGUUUCUCUGAGAAAGCCUUCGGAAUACGACACCAAGACCUUAAUGAAGAUCUUAGAGCAGAGCAACCGCAUCCGCUUCAUAGUCAAAAGAACACCAGAGGAACCCUCUCGGGAUGCCAAAUCCUGUCCGGAAGUCAACCAUCACUCGUCGACCUCAAAGAGCGUAAGCAACCACGCCUCUGUCAAACCCUCUGUGCAGGAAGCGUCUGCUAGCAACUCCAUGCUCUCCAGCUUCCUGUACGGCAUGCCCAUGUCCUCCCAGGCUCACCCAGACAGCAAGCUGGACCUGAAGCCCACAUCACUGCACAGCAUAGGUAAAGAGCGGCUGGGCAUGUGGGCGUCCGCUGACGAGAAAGCGGUUCAGGCCAAGGAAUGUGCUGACAAUGGCGAGAGAGUAGGGCUGGCAGCAGAUCUUACCCAGAGCCCUCCCAGCAUCCAUGUCUCCAAGCGCCUUCUGUUCUCCAUAGUGCAUGAAAAAUCAGAAAAAUGGGAUUCGUUCAUCAGGGAGACUGAGGAUAUCAACACCCUUCGAGAAUGUGUUCAGAUCCUCUUCAACAGUAGAUAUGCUGAAGCAUUAGGCCUGGAUCACAUGGUUCCUGUGCCAUACCGGAAAAUCGCCUGUGAUCCUGAGGCGGUAGAGAUCAUUGGAAUUCCAGACAAGAUUCCCUUCAAGAGACCAUGCACUUACGGUGUGCCUAAACUCAAACGGAUCCUGGAAGAAAGGCAUGCUGUCCGCUUUGUUGUCAAAAGAAUGUUUGACGAACGAAUUUUUACUGCUGCUGGUAAAGUAGCUAAGGAGGAGGGCAAACAGGAUGGUGCCGCUCCUGAGGACGGAUUCCCAGAUGGCCUCAGGGUCCCGAGCUCUUCUCUAGAGCUGAUCAGCAACACUCACAGUAGCAGAUCAACAAGCUCCUGUGUCAGUCCUUUGGCUGAGUGUGAAGCAGGGCCAUCUGGGGACUGUCUGCCUUUGAAAAAGAUCAAAACGGAGCCCCCAGAUGGUGAAAUUAUCCAGGUGACAGUGCCAGGUAUGGUCUCCCAGCCCCACAAAGACAUCGGAGAGAUGAUCCUUCAGCUGCGAAAUCAAGUCGAGAGCCUGUUCAGCUCCAAGUACAGUGAAGCUCUUGGUCUGCCUGAACCGUCUAAAGUGCCGUAUUCCAAGUUCCAGAUGUAUCCAGAUGACCUGUAUGUCACAGGGCUGCCAGAAGGGAUGACUUUUCGAAGGCCGAACUGUUUAGGAGCAGCAAAACUUCGGAAGAUUCUUGCCGCCAGUAGUCAGAUUACAUUUGUUAUAAAGAGGCCAGAAUUGUUAACAGAACAGGUCAAACAUGAAGGUGUCUCUAAGACGACCUCUGAUUCAGGUGAAGCAAUUUUAUUUUAUUUUAUUUGUUUAUUUUAUCUGCAGGAUGCAUGGCCAGUCCAUUGCAUUUUGUUUUGCUUUGUUUGUUUUUGUUUUUGUUUUAACUGUCCAUUUUAUAUGUGUAGUCGUUCUGUAUUAGCCAAAAUAUCACUUUUAAAUACACUGCGGGUUGAUAUGAACGCUCAACUGCUGUUCAACAGGAAAUACGGUGAGGCACUGGGCAUUAAGUAUCCUGUGCAAGUGCCUUACAAGAGGAUCAAGAGUAACCCUGGCUCAGUGAUUAUCGAGGGCUUGCCACCUGGCAUCCCCUUCAGAAAACCCUGUACCUUCGGCUCACAGAAUCUAGAGAGGAUAUUAGCAGUGGCAGACAAGAUCUCUUUCAGUAUUACAAGGCCUUUCCAAGGGCUUAUUCCAAAGCCAGCACCACGACGAAUAACCAUACUGAAGAAAGGUUACACCCCAAUAAGUGAAGAAGAUGAGGUCAACCGGAUGGGAGAGAAAGUGAUAUUAAGGGAACAAGUUAAAGAGCUCUUCAAUAAAAAAUAUGGUGAAGCUUUGGGUCUGGAGCGCUCAGUCAUUGUUCCAUACAAGUUAAUCCGUGCCAAUCCAGGCUCACUGGAAGUGUGUGGACUUCCGGAUGAUAUUCCCUUCAGGAAUCCUAAUACUUAUGACAUAGUUAGGUUGGAAAAAAUCCUGCAAGCCCAAGAUGAAAUUACUUUCAAUAUCAAAACCCCUCUACAGCCUUUCACAGAGUUAUGUACUCAAUCUUGUAAUAAAGAAGGUAAAGAAGUGUCUACAAAUCGACGCAAACGUAAAAGAGUACUUGACAACAGUCAAGCAGCCAUGCCCACUGGAGCAGACUCAACACUAUCAACCAAUCAGAUUCCUGUCAUGCAAUGGCCCAUGUACAUGGUGGACUAUAGCGGAGUGAAUGUUCAAGUUCCUGGAAAAGUCAAAUACUAAUAAACUUUCUGAUUCUGUAUGAAAGACUUCUACCAUUAAGGGACCUUUUUUAAAUAAACCUGACGUUUCUGAAUGCUAAAUUCAGCUUUCUUCAGAGCUGUGGCAGAUCCUGCGGCUCGCGCGUGGAGACGCCUGUGUGUUCUGGCAGGUAUUGAGAGAGUGUGAACUGUUGGAUGCAGUUGUUUCUGAAUGAAGUGCUAAUGAUGGAAAAACACGGCAGUAAAUCAAUCUGCUAGUGCUUUAUUACUUAAAGGAAUAGUACUCAACCUCACGUCAGUCCAAAAACAAAUGCUUUUGAUUUUUUAGUGGAACACGAAAAUAGAAAUCAUGUAAAAGAAGAUUUGUUCUGUGUGAAGAUUAGUCAAAAACGGACUUUAAAAGGAAUAGUUCAUCCAAAAAUGUAAAUCUGCUGAAAAUGUACACACCUUCAGGCAACCCAAGAUGUACAUGGGUUUAUUUCUUCAUCAAA